ACUGCCACAGCGCCUCUCCCCAAACAGGCAGAUUUCUACUUUCAAAAUGGGGACUGAAACCAGCUGUUAGUUAGGCGGCUAACUAGUCUUAAAAUACAGCUUUUCCAAUCCAUUGCUCUUGGUCUCGUUGAUUAUUUUUCCUGUGGUUGUUUCGCCAUCUUUUGAGCUUCCUGCUGAGUAAAGGAGGGAGUAGGACAGGGCAGGAACGCUUGGUGAUACAGCAACGCCAAACCCUAUAUCCUAUAGAGCCUAGUUAGAGGAAUGGUGUCUUGUUGCUUGAACUCAAGUAGGUGAUUUUGACAGUUUUGGACUGAGUAACUUGCACAAACCAUGAAUUUACUGCCAUCCAACCCUCACGGAAAUGGACUUCUGUAUGCUGGAUUCAACCAAGAUCAUGGAUGCUUUGCAUGUGGGAUGGAAAAUGGCUUCAGGGUGUACAACACAGACCCUCUUAAGGAAAAAGAAAAACAAGAGUUUCUUGAGGGUGGAGUCGGGCAUGUUGAGAUGCUCUUUCGAUGCAACUACCUUGCGCUUGUCGGAGGAGGCAAGAAACCCAAGUACCCACCUAAUAAAGUGAUGAUCUGGGAUGACCUUAAGAAAAAGACUGUGAUUGAGAUUGAGUUUUCCACAGAAGUCAAAGCUGUUAAGCUACGAAGAGACAGAAUUGUGGUGGUCCUGGAUUCAAUGAUCAAAGUCUUCACUUUCACACACAACCCUCACCAGCUGCAUGUCUUUGAAACAUGCUACAACCCAAAAGGUUUGUGUGUUCUGUGUCCAAACAGCAACAACUCUUUGCUAGCAUUUCCUGGCACCCACUCUGGGCAUGUGCAGAUAGUAGACCUGGCCAACACAGAGAGGCCUCCAGUGGACAUUCCUGCGCACGAAGGAGCUCUCUGUUGUAUCGCCCUCAACCUCCAGGGCACGCGGAUAGCCACGGCAUCAGAAAAAGGGACACUGAUCAGAAUAUUUGACACAUCUGCAGGCCAUCUGAUUCAGGAGUUAAGACGAGGAUCCCAGACUGCAAACAUAUACUGCAUUAACUUCAACCAGGAUGCAUCUCUCAUCUGUGUGUCCAGUGACCAUGGGACUGUCCACAUAUUUGCUGCAGAAGACCCCAAAAGGAACAAGCAAUCAAGCUUGGCCUCAGCCAGUUUCCUACCCAAGUAUUUCAGCUCCAAGUGGAGUUUCUCAAAGUUUCAGGUCCCGUCUGGCUCCCCCUGUGUCUGUGCCUUUGGAACUGAGCCCAAUGCAGUCAUAGCCAUUUGUGCUGAUGGCAGCUAUUACAAGUUCCUGUUCAACCAAAAAGGGGAGUGUUCCAGGGAUGUAUAUGCCCAGUUUUUGGAAAUGACUGAUGAGAAGAUCUGAGCACAGACCAUACUUGGAUUCAGUUGAUAUUUUUUUUUCAUUUCCUGACAUUUUCAAAUUUGAAGCAUGUCAGAGGAAUAACUGUAAUAACUAAGUGACUCCGUGGUGCAGGAAGUCUAAGAGAUCUGUAAUCUCACUAGACAGUUUUUAAAGAACAUUAAAGAAAUUCUGACCACUGGAGAAGUGGAUGAAUAAACUGACUGCAGUCAUUCAGUGGAGUGAGAAGAGGGGAAACUAUUUUUGAAGGACAACAGUUGCUUUUUAAAAUGUCUUCCAUAAGAACUACUGUUUUAUAAGCAUCGAGUUGGCUAGAAGAAUAUUUGUCCAUUAACUAACCUACUAUAGUGAGUGCCUCUGUCAUUACUGAAGAGGAUGGAUGAGUGUAUGCUUGUUCAUCAGUCACAAUAUGUAUGUGUAUAAUACUAACAGUCUUAGGUUUUGUUUUACUUGUAUAAACACACAAUGCCAGGCAUAUGUAACUGCAACAAUAUAGCAUAGUACAACAGAACAACAAUUACAAUGUAGAUAUUUUUCCAUUCAUUGUUACAUGUAUAUGCAAUUUUCAUUCUUUUUUUUAUCACAAGUGUUGAGAGGUAAUCUGUCAGAACAAAUUAGGUUAUUUGCGCACUGUAUUUUAGUUGUAUGUGACUUCCAUAAAUGUAUUACAAAUCUCUUUUUCAUAAUUAGUCAUCAGAGGGAUGGCGAAACAUCAUAUUAAAUUUGGAAUGUGAUGUGGUUUUUUUUUUUUUUUGGGGGGGGUGAUUUGGGUUGCCAAAAAAAGGUUGGGUUUGAAAAAUGAUUAUCAUUAUGGAUGUGAAAUGAUGGUAUUCAUUUCAGGUGGUUAAAUGAAACUUUUUUUUUUUCUUUUUUGCCCUACUAAUGUGACAGCAAAAAUAUUACCAAAUAGCCCAAUGGUAAGACCUAUAUGCUUGAACUGUAUUCAUUCAAUUGUUUGUUUUUCAGCUUUUUGAUUAGAAGCUUAUUUCAUGCUUUUUUUGUGUGAUUGUAAAUGUACAAGUGAUUACAUAAUGCAGCGUUAAACAUGCUGUAAUGUAUGCUAUGACUGAGUUGCAGUGAUACAUAGCUCACAAUGUAUCAUGGAACACAUUAAACACAACUAUAAAACCGAA